AUGAAAAAGUAUUCCUCUUAAAGAAUAUUAAUAUCAUAAGAUGAAUUACAAAGAAUUCAAUAAAAUGUUACUAAAUCAUUAUAACCUAUGUUUAAAGCAAGAAUCAAACGUAAAUCCGAACCUGAAUAAUGUUAAUUUAAACCUGAUGUAUCAAUAUUCAUAUAUAUAGAUAAACAAAUAAUCAAUCAAUUUAUAAAGAACCAUUCAUGAUUUAUAUAGAUGGAAUCUUAAUAAACAAUAGAAGAUACAAUAAAUCUAAUAAGAUGAAGUACUAUUAUUUAUAAAUAUUUAGACUAAAGAAAUCUAAAACAAUGCAAAUAGAUUGACUCAUUAAAUCACAUCUCCUUCAGUUUUUGAAAGACUUUAUUAAAUUAGAAAAAAUAGUGAGUUUACUCUAUGUAUAUAUUUAUAUUAUCUUUAAGAGUAAUCUAAAAGGAAUUCCUAUAACAAUAAACCAUAUUAUACUAAAAACAUGACUAAAUCCAUGUUUUAAGAAUAUUAAAGAUUAUACACUAAUGUUGAAACUACAUAAUUCAAAUCUAAAACAUAAGCUACUGAAAAUUCUUUAUUACAAACUCCAAUUUAAGAGGUACCUCCAUCUAUUAAUGAUGUAAGUAUAUUUACAAUUUCUCUUAGAUGAAAAUAACCCUUCCCUUACAUUAAUAUAUCGAUCUUACUCAAUAAAUUUAAGAUUAACAUUCAUCAGAUACUGCUACAGAAUCAAUUAUCUAAGAAAAAGAAAUUGAAGCUAUGGUUUAAAGGUAAUAAAUCAUUAAUACUUAGAUUGAAUAAUUGGUAAGCCAAAAAAUUAGAAAGAGAAUAAUUAAAUGCUUUAGAAUACAAUUCAGACAAUAAACCUUUCUCUUCUAAUACAUAUACUUAAACAAAUUCUUAUUCCAACAUAGUUUUAAAUAUUUGA